ACGUCACGCAACACAGCACUGUGGUCGUAGUGCCCCCCGCUCCCAACGUGCACCGCCUUUCGGUUCCGAGUGCAGUGGACGGUGAUGGGGUUUCAUGCAGCUGGACUAUGGCCGUCCCCGCCGGCGGACCGUGCGAUGGGGAGCCCGUGCUUUCCGCCCUAGACUUCCUAACGCGGGGCAAGCAGAUCGCUUCUGCUGCCCCCCCGAUUGCGUCGACCUCUGGUGCGGUACCUUUGCCCAACUCGGAAAAUGGCGAUCAACACGUGCCAGCAACCACUACCCCAACUACGCUAUUAUCCACUCCGAUGCCUGACAACGGUGCAAAUAAGAGCAUCCCUCCAGUUUCGGUCGCUACCACCUCUCGCAGUGCUAACCCCGUCUUGCCUGACAGAUCACUGAAGAAGCGGUAUAGGCAGCGGGUUCUCACCGUCGGCCGACCGGGCGGUCCGACUCAGCCAGCACCGUCAGUUCUUCUGCGACCCGCGGAACCAGAACCCGAACCCGCGAAUGAAGACUUCGAAGACCCGAAGGGCAAGCAACUGUCGGUUGAGGAGCUUCAGUUGAAGUGCAAGCAGCAGUGGCAGCGGUAUUUUCCUUGGCUCCUCAUCUCCGAAAACAAGGCCGGCCGCCCCUGCAUGCGCUGCAGCAUCUGCAUGGUCUUCGGUGACCCGAACUACAAAUACGGGCGCAACGACGAUGGCGGUAUCGACAUCCAGAAGCAGACGAUGUGCAAGCAUCACCACAGUCUGAAACACGAGGCCGCGGUCUCGAGGAAGGAGGAGCGCGACGGCGUGAAGAAAGUGCAGAAGUCCAUUGCUGACUUCCACCGUGGGGACGCUGAUGUCGAGGCAGCCCAUGUGCUGCCGAUGGUGCACAACACAACCUUACUGCUGCGCACACGCUACCUCGACUGCGACGACGCGAUGUUUGGCCAGGGUGGAGACGCGUUGGGCCCGUUCCUCGACAAGCACGCAUCAGGGGAGUUCCGCGAGGUCCUCGUUGCUGGCACUGCUUCCGACGGCACAUCGGUCAGCCAUCGAUACCGACUGCACGAGGAGAAGAUCAAGGGGCAGACGAGUGGUGUGGACCACCAAGCGUGUUUGGGGCUGGCGCGCGAGUUCAUCACGACCCUGGUCGGUCGGCUCGACUACCGCCUCAAGGAUCUGUCACACCUCGACGGGGCGAAGCUGUUCAAGCAGGGAUCCUAUCCCAAGAACCAGGCAAAGCGUGAGCGACGGCUAGGCCAAUGGCUCCAGUCUCUGCGCAACAUGUUCAAGCGGAAGCCAGAAGACCCUGAUACUAUACCAGGCAUCAACUGGGCGAGAGCGCAGCGGGAGCUCGUCACCUUCUCUACAAUCCUGGCCACACACCAAGAGGAUGUCGGGUUUGCGGACAGCCUGAAGCUCAUGCUGUCCUCCCCCGACUAA